CGCAUCCCGUCCAAUCGCCCGCGGGCAUCGUGCAUAUCUCGCAUCUCGCAUCUUGCAUCUGGUCCGCAUCCAUUCGCUAUCUCCUAUACUUUUCCAUCUCUGGUAUACGGUAUACUUGCCCCGAAUUGAUCUUGAGCAAGUUGCUCGUCGUCGGCAACAACUAGCAAGAUGGGUGGUUACGGGGACUUCACUGGCAUAUGCCACACGGCACCCUUACCGUUGUGCGCAUCUGUUGGUCCUGUCACUUCCAUAUCGGGCGGCGUCGGCGUCGAAACCGACUGCUUCGCGCGAAAUAUCGAGUUGGCCAAUACCAUCAUAUUCCAGGGCGCUUCCAGCUUCAUACACAUUAUCGCUUUGGUCAUGACGAUAGUGAUGAUCUUACAUAUCCGGGGGAAAUUCACAGCUGUCGGUCGCAAGGAAAUUCUAGCCUUCUUCUAUUUCUAUAUGCUGCUGUCGUUCAUCUCCCUCCUCGUCGACGCUGGUGUCGUUCCUCCGGGCUCUGAGCCUUACCCGUACUUCGUCGCGGUACAAUCCGGCCUCGCGUCCGCGUUGAUCACUUGUCUAUUAAUUAACGGGUUCGUCGGAUUUCAACUCUACGAAGACGGUACCCCAUUGUCCGUAUGGAUGCUCCGGCUUUCCUCCGUCGCGGCCUUUGCUGUCUCGUUCCUGGUAUCGCUCGGUACUUUCAAGUCGUGGGCUGGUAUGGGGCCGUCAAACACAGUAGGCCUGUUCACGGUGCUAUACCUCCUAAACGGCGUACAACUCGUCAUCUACGUGGCCCUGCAGAUUUUGCUGGUAGUCCGAACUUUAGAAGACCGCUGGCCGCUAGGAGAUAUCACAUUCGGUCUCUUCUUCUUCAUUGUGGGCCAGGUCAUACUAUAUGCGCUUAGCUCCACGAUUUGCCAAGCUACUAGUCAUUACAUUGACGGCCUGUUUUUUGCAACGACAUGCAAUCUGCUUGCUGUCAUGAUGGUUUAUAAGUAUUGGGAUUCUAUCACGAAGGAAGACCUCGAGUUUUCUGUGGGUACGCGGAUGAAUAACUGGGAAGUUAAAGAGCUUCUACCCGACGAGGAACGCCGCACUACCGUGUACAUGGAUGACCCUUACGGCCAACCCAGCCCUUACGAUCAUUCUUCCUCUCCUUCGAGGAACCGAAUGUCCCGCUAUUAGUCGUCCAGUAUUGCGGAAUCUUCACAACGAGGAGGAAUAUUCCAGACAUGAGUGCGAGAACGGAGACAUUAACUCGUUCGGAAGCACGUUGCAUUUGCGAGGCGUCUCGGUUUGGCUGGCGAACUCAUGCGGGUUCCAUUAGAGCAAUAAAUGGACAUAUUUAGUAUCGGGGUAUCGGUACUGACAGCGAUUGCUGGAUGGAAAAAUGCAUGUGUAAAAUGAGCCUGGUAUUAGAACGGGCUGCGACGGAAGCCAAGUAAUAUAUAUUAUCUUGUAUAUACCAUACAUAUUUUGACUACCACGAACAUACGAGCGUUCUCGUGGUAUUUUGACACCGUUCUAGACUUGUGUAAAUAUUGAUUGCCCAUCAGCGCUUCAUUUUCGAUAUAUACCAGGUACCUACCUGGUAUCAGACUAUUAUGAUAUAUACAGUGAUGCCUCCGCUAGUA